UCCAUUCAUAUCGCUCCCAACUGCCGUCGCGCGUUAAGCUCGUGUAUUGUUACGUAUCACGCAAGGACUUGCACACACACAUUCCAUUCUGCCUUCCUCGCUUUGAACACCCGCUAUUAUCUUUCCUAAUCAUGUCGUCAGUACAUCUUCCGAUGAUCAACAUCGCCAAAGUGAGCGACUGGCUCACUAACAACACAAACAAAUAUGUCUGGCCCCAGCUAUUCUUGAUGUCCCCAAAUGGCACACUAUUAGCGUACUCGAAGCCAGUGCAGACUAAGGAGCUGCGCGACCAGGCUGCGCUCAUAUCUAUGACUUGGAAAGACCACUGUCAAGGGCGUCAGAAGCCUUCAGUCCGCAACGGAACUACUCAGGAUCAUUCGCUGAAACCUGCACUGAAGACACUCACUAUCGAAACCCCAGACUGCAACAUCAUAGUACGCCUACUGCAACCAGAACUAUUGCUCGUCCUUAUCGGCCGGAUCGCUCCCAGUAGGAAGCAAGCCUUCAAGAUUUCGGCUGAAGGUCAAGGAGACCCACGAUACCCAGAGUCUGACGUUCCUAACUCACGCCCUGGCUCAAGUUCUCAGCUACUGCCUGGUGAUGCUGCUACUGGUAAUUUUGGUGCUGAAGACCGUUUGACGGCUAAAAACAAGGCGCCUUCUCUGCUUAGCAACAUGAGUCAACGCGAUAAAGACAUCAAGGGUGGUGCACUCCAUGUUCAGCGUAAACAGCUGGACGCCCUAGCCGAAUACGCCUUGAAGGAUUUCGCAGCCACCGGGUUUGUGAUGCCUGCGGACGCAGAUCUACAGUAGGACGAGGAUCUAAUGUUAGCCAUCCGGGCGUCGACUUCUCAGACAAUGCUACCAGAACUUCUACAGAAGUACGCCAGGUACUCUUCAAUGUUGGCAAUGGUGAUUCGACUCUGCUCGCUGGGACCCUUGCGCCGUUACAC